AGGAGUAUGCUAAACUGCGUAAAUAAUCUGGAGCCGCAAAGUAUGAACUCGGGCAUCGAGCACGCGGCGCUGAUGAGAUCCGAGGAGAAGACGCAACACGACUCACCCGCAUCCGAGCGUUGUGCGCAAGAAAACGCAAGAAAUACUCCAAAUCGAGCUGCCACCUGUGCGCCCCAUCACCGUCAUCAGCAGCAAGUACCUGUCUGCCAGAACACAGGGCCUUGACUGAAGAGCACCGCCUGGACCCCUAGUAGUGCGUACGAUCCGGGCACGGCACCGAGUGAGGCGAGUGGUGGUGAAGGUGGUGGUGGUGGUGGUGGUGGUGCUGGUGGUGGCAGUGCACCGUCCGCCCCCGGUUCGCCGAUGACGAUGACGUUCGGCGCGUGCGAUCACCGCUGCACCCUCGGCAGCACGGUCAGCCUGCACGUAACCGGCACUAAGGGGGGCCGGCGGUCAGGUGGUGGUGGUGGUGGUGGUGGUUCCAGAGCAUCGGCGCCCGGUGGCCGUCUCAGCCGCAGUCGCAUCAGCCUGCGCAGCGAAACCACCGGCAGCAGCAGCGGUGGUGGUGGAGCAGCCUCCAGCAGCACCACUCACGGUGCUCACCGCCAUCACCAUCAUCACCAUCAGCACCAGCACCAUCAUCAGCACCAGCAUCAGCAUCACCACCAUCAACACCAGCACCAUCAGCGGCUGGUGCAAACACUUCAACAGCAAUCGACAGGAACGACAACGGAUACACCGGUGGCCAGUAGCAGCGGCGGUUCGCCAGCAGCAGCAGGAACAAGGGGCGGCCACAGUCACAGCCAUCGGCGCCACUCAUCCCAAUCAUCAUCACGCUGCACGCACCACCGUCAGCACCGGGCGCGCGAUGACGAUCAAGAGCGUUGCCGAAGCGAAGAGGAAACGGGUGGUGAAGAGGAGGAGGAGGAAACGGGCUGCGAGGAAGAGGAGGAAGAGGUGGCCGGCACAACCGCGACCUGUACCGAGGACGAACGGCAGGCCGCCUCCGCAGGCAGCGUCUCGACGAUGUACGCCGAGAACUGUCACUGUAGCCGCGGGAACAUCACCACCACGGACGAUGACGACGAAAUUCAGCAGUACUUUGUGGUCGAUCAGCAUCAACCGCAGCACCUGCAACAGCAGCAGCAGCAGCGCUAUCCUGCCAGUCAGCAAACCCUCUCAAGGCGUCCUUCGGUAUCGAGCUGCACUUCGCGCGUUUCCCAUCGCAGCACACCACGAUCACGGCGAGUGACGACACCGAUGAGCUGCUGCUCACAUCACUCACACCACUCCCAACCGGCACCGUCGACAGGGGCUGGUGGUGCUGGUGCACACCAAACGCUGCAGCACCGUCGCAGCCAAGAUGGCGGUUCACCGGCCAACGUCAGUCGCCGAACGCUGCCAACCGACAGUGGCUCCAAUGCGACGAUCUCAAACUUUAACAUCAACCCGGCACGGUUCCAGUGCAGUUACUACACGGCGGACGAGAGCGAAAACUCGUACUGUUCGAUCAGUGGUGAAAACAUCCGCCAGAUCCAGGCCCAAACCGCCAUCCAGCAUCGGUUGGAUCGGGAGGAACAGAAGCAGCGGUUGUUGCCGUUGCCACUGCCACCGCAACCGACCGCUGGUGGUCCAGUAACCGGUACCAGCCAGCCAGACAACGAUAGCCAGCAGGAUGUGGCGAGCCUGGACGAGACGAGCCUUCUCUCGACCGUCGAUUCGACUUCCAGCGCCGAACAGGGUGGCGGACUGCGUGGUGGUACCGGUGGUGGCUCUACAACGACCACCACAAGCACGACCACCUCGACAACGCAACGACAGCUACAGCAGGUCGGUGGUGAGACACCGAAAAGUGCCGGCAGUCAGCUCGUCCUAACGCCAUCGAAGAUUACGAUCGAAAACAUUGGCCAACUGUCGGAGAUCGGUACGGAGCACUAUGAGUUCGAUGAUCUGGACAUUAACAUCCCGGAGAUCUUCCAGUCACCGUCAAAGAUCAAGUGGAGCUUCCUGGCGAACCUCGAUGAGACGAGCAACAAGUCGAACAAAUCACGCAUCAGCUCCGUGUCCAGUUUGGUCGAUGCGGCCAGCAGUGGCCGGGGGCGGUUCAGUGGCACGGAAUCGGGUGGAGCUGACGUCAGUGAGACGGCCAGUGACAAUGAGUACAAUAGUCCGAACCGUCGGAUUCGUCGUCGGCGGCCGGAACCACUGCCGAGUGAGGCGAUGAUGGCAGGGACUUCCGGCACUGGUGGUCUGCAUCAGUCGGCAACGCCCGGUGGUGGUGGCCACGGUGGUGGUAUACAAAGCUCCUCGUCGAGCUGCAAGAUCGAGGAACUGCUGAAAAAGUCCUCCCCGUCGGCUUCGUCCGAUUUUAAGACGGUUUCGAUCUGGCGCGCCGAAAACGGUGACGAAGGCAACGCGAUCAUCUUCCAUCACGAGAGCGAAAUCGUGGAGAACUGUUGUACGAACCAUUUUUUAGACCACAGUAGCUACGACGUGUGCCGGGUCGAUAACUGUGACUAUCUGAUCAAGAGCAGCGACACCGAUACGCCGGCCCACGGUUCCACCGGUGGUGAUGUUUGUUGUGAUGAGGAGGAGGACCAGGUGCGAGGCGAUCGGCCACGGCGUCCACGACGUUCAUCAUCGUGCACGAGUCUCUGCAAAAGCACGGAACGGUUAAACAACGCAAUCGUACCACCGGCUACGAUCGCCGGAACGAUCACGAAACAACUCGAACUGAAGCAACGGAACAUUUUCACCACCACACUGGCCGCCACGACGCCGAGUGCAGCGACGAUGGCGCACGCCGGUUCGACCGGAUCGCCACUGGUGAUGGUUCCGUCCACGAUGGGUGGUGCUCCACAGACAAGCAGCAGUGCGGCAGUAGCUGGCACCGCCGCCACCACCGUGUACAGCAUCAUCUCGCCCGAUCUGAAACGCUUCGAAAAGCAGACGAACCUGAACCGCAACUCUGUGAACCUUAGCCAGAAACUCCCGCCGUCAUCUCCGUCCUCUUCGUCGACCUCAUCGAUCUUUGCGGGGCAGUACGGUUCGUCGGUGUACCGGAACAUCAACCAUCAUCACCACCAGCAUCAUCACUCGGAGCAGCAGCAGCAGCAGCAAUCGGAGCGCGAUAAGCUGCUAAACAACACGAUCGGCCAGUCGAGUACGAUGUCACGAGCUUCUUCGUCCCGGUCAAGGCUCAAUACCGCUCCGGCGAGUACCGGUUCGCGUUCGGCCACCUCAAGCCUGCAGCGUCACAGUGUUGGUAGUCGUGGCCUUUCGCUACCCUCCGCCGGUGGUGGCAUCUCGGUGGAUGGUGGUGGUUUCAACAACAACAACAACAACCAGAGCUACUACAGUAGCACCUUUGAUCGUUCGACCGCACCAAGGACACUGUCCACGGCAUCACUCGGACUGGGACCAUCGGACGCCAGGGAACCGGGAGAUCCGUCAGCACCACCGUUCAGCAUUUCGGUUGCCGAGGAAGCCACGGCGACGGCAGCGGAAACGGUAGCAGCGGCAGCGGCCAGCCAGUUCUACAACAAAUCCUACCACUACAAUCUGACCGCCCAGAAUCAGCUCUACUUCCAGGCGUUCUCGAACUUGGUCCGGGAACAGGAGCAGCAGCAGCAGCAGCAGCAGCAGAACUGUGAGUUCCACCAGCAACAACCACAAACACCAUCGCCACAGCCACAACCCAGCUGUCCGCAGUGCUACGAGUACUACGGAUGCCAGGCACAGUACUACGCCAAUGCAACGAACGAAGCGGACAGCGAGUUUGCCGAGUGUCAUGCCGGUGGUGAGAGCGGAGGUGGUGGUGGUGCUGGCAUGGGUCGACGGCGGGGUGGUUGGCGCCGGAACGUCGGUACAACGCUGCGCAUCAAUGGGUUGGUGCGGGUGGUGAGGACGCGCGCUCGCAAGUGUGCCGAUUACAUCCGCCAGAAGGAACACCAGAGCAACAACCGGUUCCGGCGGCGCAAGUAGCGAAAGUGACGACAGGAAGCCACCGCGGGGGGGGGGGGGGGGGCACAGGGAGAAAUGAGAACGAAAGGAGGAAAACGGCGGUUUUAGCAAGUAAGGUUCUACGUAAGUAAGUGAGGCAGGCGCUGCACUGCGCUCGAAACUAGAUUAAGCGAGGACACACGCGACGGUGCUGUGUACUAAAACCGUGUACUAAGGGAGACGUUUUUAGUGUAAAGGGGAAAGCGGCGAUUGUUGGAGUUCGUUUCCGUUGAGCGGAGGUUUUUGCGUUGUUUUGCGUUGUUUCUGUUAUUCGGUGCCAACCUGCGCCGAGUAGCUUUUGUCUCUGCACAAAACUUAAGGUUAGGAAAGUAGCAACCACACGCGCGUAUCCCUGCGAUGUUUGUAUGUGUGUGUUUGUGUGUAUGUGUGUGGAAUGCAAGGAGUCAUUCGGAUUGGGUCUCCAUACCCAGCGCCUAUCAUUAACAAGGCAUUGCCCUUAUGGGGUCAUAAAAAAAAACUAAAAAAAACCCCUGAUACUUUUUAGUAAAUGCAAAUGGAAUUGUUGUACAAGUUGUUGAAAUGAAUUUUAUUCUUUUAAUAGGCAACGAUUGUUGCGAUGGAAAUUGUUUUCAAGGCCUGCUACGCUUGCGUGGUGGUCGCAAAGCUCCGUCAUGUUCUGUUGUUUGAUUUUUCGUAAUUCGAACGAUCGCUUUAAUGAUUUGAUUUGCUCUCAGGCGAUAAUUGGGUGUCGCGUCUAUGAGAUAGCGACGGCCAAGUGGGCAAAUAGGAAAUGUUCUUCCUGUUUCAAUUUUAAGCGCUAAGAGUCAGAGUAUAAAACGUGUACUAAGAGGAAGCAAAGGAGCGCAGAGAGCAAGUAACACGAAUGAAAGAAGCCAGCGAAUGGUAGCACACGCAUACACCCACAAACACACAUAAACACACGCGCUCGCGAUAGGGAGAAAAGUGAGCAAAGUGAAGGGAGCGUAAGAAAAGAAGAUACAAAACAUAAAAAACCAACCAAAACCAAACCAACCAAG